AUUUCUUUAACUUUCUCCAUCACCCACCCUCACCCUGUUUCAUGAGCAUUGCUUUUUCUGCUGGAGACAAGCCUUAAAUCCGAAAGGAAGUUAUUUGUAUAGGGCUUUAUUGUUGAAACUACCAUCCCAUUCUUCGCUUUUUCUUCAAUUUCUUCCAAAUAACCAAGUGUGUAUUUUUUUUUCUAUUUGUACUUCAGGCAGUUAAUUGGACAGCAUGAGAAUUAUUCAUAUCGUGCCUUGCUUCCAAGAAAAAGAGGAAUCUUACUGUGUCUUUUCAGUUUCAUUUCCUCUUCCUAAAUAAGGUUCCAGGCUCACCAGCUCCUAAAAACAAAAGGGAAAAAAUUAAAGUUGAAUACAACACAGAGCUAAUUAUUCUUGAAAAAGAUUGUUAUGUCCUAAAAUUAGCUUUCUCUUCAGAGUUUUAUUUUAAAGCAAGGAUCUGAAUGUCUACUCCAGCGAGAUCAGUGGUUCUAUAGUAAGAGCUUCUAAAGACCCUCUUGGAACUGUUGGAACAAAUACUUAUCUUUAGAGAAACACACACCACGGUGGAGAUUGUUCACACUUGGCUGAAUGUUCCUAGCUUCUGAAAUUCGUAAUAGCAACGUGAGUAGGAGCACUGGGACUGUGGGCCUGGAGCAGAACUUCUCGGAUUGUUUUAAGAAAAUGGCAGGUAAGCAGGACAUGGGGGAAAUCACCAGCUUCAAUAAGGCCAAGCUGAAGAAGACGGAGGCACAGGAGAAGAACACCCUGCUGACCAAAGAGACCACUGAGCAGGAGAAGCAAGCGGAGUGAAAUUUUCUAAGAACCUGGAGGAUCCUCCACUCCCAUCAUCUUGGAGACCCUAGCUGUGAUGUGGAGGAAGAGCCACCUGCAAGAUGGACAUGAGUGACAAGCUGCACUGUGAACCCAGGCACUCCUUGAUGAUGCCACCAGCCCAUAGGUCUCUGAGGGGACCCUCCAAUGGGACUGCCAAAUUCUCUGGUUUGCCCUGGAAUACUAUAGAAAGUUAUUUGUAUGAUUAAUGAAAAUAAAACACACCUCGUGAGGGCUUCCCUGGUGGCGCAGUGGUUGAGAGUCCACCUGCCGAUGCACGGGACACGGGUUCGUGCCCCGGUCCGGGAAGAUCCCACAUGCCGCGGAGCGGCUGGGCCCGUGAGCCAUGGCCGCUGAGCCUGCGCGUCCGGAGCCUGUGCUCUGCGACGGGAGAGGCCACGACAGUGAGAGGCCCGCGUACCGCAAAAAAAACACCCCAAAACAACAACAACAAAAAACACACCUCGUGGCAUGGCAAAACAAAAACAAAAGCAAAAAAACAAACAAAAAACACCCCAUUAAAUUCUAACCCAGAGCAAAGAUGAGCUCACAGAAACCUGGCCCCUUCUGACUUUUAUAACCAUGACUUUGGUCACAAGAUUUCAAACCUUGAAGACGAUUGUUUUUUAGGAAGAUGUCUCCUCCUCUCUGUCCAUUCAAUCGAUGCUGCUAGAAGAGUGAGGACGCUUGAGGUGAAAGGUUUUAUAGCCUGAAGACCAAGUGUUAAUAAAGCCUAACACAAACCCAGUAUUCAGAACAUGCUUAGACAAAAAAAAAAAUUUAGACUCUAAUUUUCAAGUGCUUGUAAUUUUUCUGGAGGGAGGGGUCGGUGAAGAGGAGUUCUAUAGUAACUGUAAUCAUCAAAGAGGAUUUAAUAAAGAGCACUUGUUUAUGUGCUAAGAGUUUGCGCAGACUAACUAACACCCCUUAAAGAUGACAGAAGUGCUGGAAAUCAGACCUCAGUACUACAAUGAGCUAGAAACUCAACCACCUACAGGACUGGGACAAAUAAUAUACUGGUAAUGACAAAUGACAUACUGGUAAUGAAAUGUGUUGACAAGGAAAAUCACACAAUGUAAAAGUUAUGAGUUAAGUUUUAUUUGGGGACUUUAUUGAGGACUAUAGCCUGAGAGACAGCCUCUCAGAUAGCUCAGAGGAACUCCAAGAGGUAAAGGGAGGAGCCAGGAGAUAUAUGAACCUUUUUGUUGGGGAAAAACAUGUAGUCAAGCAUCAAAAGAGUAUUGCUAAUCACAAAGAAGAGAGAUAGCUCAAGUUAAUGAUUUUAGUGCUUUUCUAUGUAUGGGAAGAUGCAACAAUCUGGGGUCACUUGAAAUUCUUCCAUAGAUAUUCAUCUUAAAUACCUAAGGGGCGGUAUAUCCAAAGCACAGAAAGUUUGCUGUUUUUCUCCAUCCUGAAUUUCCCUCAGAGUGCACUGUCAGUGGGCAACUGCAGUGGCUGAUGGCUUGAUCCUUGUAGAACUGGAACGGCAGGUAACAUUUUUUUUUCUUUACAAAUUCAACAACAGUUAAUUAAACCUUGUAGUGAUCACUGUGAUCACUGUGUUUUAAAAAUUGCAUUCACUAAAGGCCUUUCUACUUGACCAUUUUCCCUAAAUUCUAAUAGCCACUUUCCAGUUUACUGCAAAUACCUGAGUAGCACUGUGUUUUGCAGUUUAGCAUUGAAACCAUGCCCUAUAGUUAACAGAAGCUUAUAACUAAUAGAAAUGCUUGAAUUUGUCUUACAGAACAACUGAUAAGGGAACAGAUUAUUAAAACCCUUUUGCUUGUAAAAAUAUCUUCAUUGAUUAAGGUUUGGGUUUUCUUUUUCUUUUUUUCCUCUCUUUAAUUGCAUCCCUUCCCAGCUUUACGCAGCCCAGGGGUUUUAUAGGAAUUUGGAGUCUGCUCCUGCCCACUGCAGGCUGGCUGGGGGCUGGUUGGGACCACCGACCCUAAACCUGGGCCUGUGCAGAUGUCCAGUGAAUGGCCUUUUGAUGUCAGAGGGCCGGAAAACUCCACUCACAGAUCAUGCUAAGCGCCUCCAUUUUGAACAUGCAGAAACAUGUAACCCAGAUGCAUGUGCACAGAACAUCAAUUACCUCACCUUUUAACCUGCCUCCAAUCACCUUUCCCCAGCCUAAGACCACCUGCUUAUCCCUAAAAUAUCCCAAUCCCCUGCCUUCAGGGAGGCGGAUCUGAGACUUGUUCUCCUGUCUCCUCACUUGGCUGCCUUGUGAAUAAACUCUUUCUGGGCUGGAAACUUUGGUGUCUCAGCGUUUGGCUUGCUGUGUGUCAGGCUGA